GCGUGAGCUGGCGGGGCCAUGGAGCGCGCGCCGCCCGACGGGCAGCUGAAUGCGUCCGGCGCGCUGGCGGGCGAGGCGGCGGCGGCGGCGGGCGGGGCGCGCGGCUUCUCGGCCGCCUGGACCGCGGUGCUGGCCGCGCUCAUGGCGCUGCUCAUCGUGGCCACGGUGUUGGGCAACGCGCUGGUCAUGCUCGCCUUCGUGGCCGACUCGAGCCUUCGCACCCAGAACAACUUCUUUCUGCUCAACCUCGCCAUCUCCGACUUCCUCGUGGGGGCCUUCUGCAUCCCGCUGUAUGUGCCCUACGUGCUGACCGGCCGCUGGACUUUCGGCCGGGGCCUCUGCAAGCUGUGGCUCGUGGUGGACUAUCUGCUGUGCGCGUCGUCCGUCUUCAACAUCGUGCUCAUCAGCUACGACCGCUUCCUCUCGGUCACUCGUGCCGUCUCGUACCGGGCCCAGCAGGGUGACACGCGGCGGGCGGUGCGGAAGAUGGCGCUGGUGUGGGUGCUGGCCUUCUUGCUGUACGGGCCGGCCAUCCUGAGCUGGGAGUACGUGUCCGGCGGCAGCUCCAUCCCCGAGGGCCACUGCUACGCCGAGUUCUUCUACAACUGGUACUUCCUCAUCACGGCCUCCACGCUCGAGUUCUUCACGCCCUUCCUCAGCGUCACCUUCUUCAACCUCAGCAUCUACCUGAACAUCCAGCGGCGCACGCGCGGCCGGCUCGACGGGGCGUCCGAGGCCGCCGGCCCCGAGCCCCCGCCCGCGGCCCAGCCCUCGCCGCCACCGGCACCGCCACCUGGCUGUUGGGGCUGCGGGGGCUGCGGGCCGCGGGGCCGCGGGGAGGCCGUGCCGCUGCACGGGUGCGGGGCCGGCCAGGGGGCCGCGGGUGCCGAGGCGGGGGAGGCGGCCCUGGGGGGCGACGGGGGCGCCGCGGCCUCGCCGACCUCCAGCUCGGGCAGCUCCUCGCGGGGCCCUGAGCGGCCGCGCUCGCUCAAGAGGGGCUCCAAGCCGUCGGCAUCCUCGGCCUCGCUGGAGCGGCGCAUGAAGCUGGCGUCCCACGGCUUCACCCAGCGCUUCCGGCUGUCGCGCGACAAGAAGGUGGCCAAGUCGCUGGCCGUCAUCGUCAGCAUCUUCGGGCUCUGCUGGGCGCCUUACACGCUCCUGAUGAUCAUCCGAGCCGCCUGCCACGGCCACUGCGUCCCCGACUACUGGUACGAGACGUCCUUCUGGCUGCUGUGGGCCAACUCGGCCGUCAACCCCGUCCUCUACCCGCUGUGCCACUACAGCUUCCGGCGAGCCUUCACCAGGCUGCUCUGCCCCCAGAGGCUCAAAAUCCAGCCCCACGGCUCCCUCGAGCACUGCUGGAAGUGAGCGGGGCCUCGUUUCUGGGGAGACCCUAGACCUUCUGCAUCGCUGUGGGCGUGGGGGUACCGUUUGCUCCCAGGUCCUGGCUCCCUCCCGGGAGGGACGAUCCAGGGGUCCCCGCUGAGCCAUCCACGCUCACGGACAGGGCAGCGGCCAGCGGCGUCUGCCCCUCCAAAGCACUUGCCUGGCCUGGGCUCCGGACCCCCGGUGCAGCGUCUCCUCCUGCACAUGCCCGCACCCGUGCCCUCCUCUGCUGCCGUCCGUCUCCUGCUUCAGCGCCGCCGCCCCACUUCCAACUCUCUUUCCAAAAAGUGCCAAGUGACCCCCCAGGAACCUCGCAGCCGUGCUCUGCAUUUCCAUUCCGGGAGUUUUCAGGAAGAUGAAAAAGAAGAAAACACGUCUGUGAACUUGAUGUUCCUUGGAUGUUUAAUCGAGAGAGACAAGAUUGCGAGGAGCUCCGGGCUGGAUUGGCAGGUGUGGGCUCCCACGCCCUCCUCCUUCGUGCUGUGGCUUCCGUCUGAGCGGCGCCAGCUGCCGGCCCGGCCCGCCCCCCAGCCUCCGGCUCAGGGCGCUGGGUGGGGUGUGGGGGGCCAGCGGGCAGCUGGCAGCGGGGCCGAGCCUCCCCUGUGCCAGGUGGGAGCCCACCCCGCCAGCUCCAUCUGCUCAGCCGGAAGGGGCUGGGGAUGUCGGGGCGAGACCCAGGGCCCCGCAGUGCCCGGGCAUGGGCUGCCUCACCCGUGCACCAAGUCGGGCUCUGCAUGCCCCACCCCCCGUGCCCACUCUCGCUGCCACUGCCAAACUGUGUGCUCCCCAAUAAAGUGUAUUUUUUUUUUAA